GGGCUUUGCACACUGCUCCUCAUGGACUCCUGCCUCUCUUGUUGUGGGCUCUGUGCCGCUGGGGCCUGUCACGCAGGCAGCUUGACCCUUCGGCUGGCACAAGCAGGCUGUAAGAGGAGACUUGCACUCGUGCCCAAAGUGGGAGGCUGGUGGGUGGGGCAGCUAAUUACAGAACCUGGUAAAUAACAUGAGCUGGCUCCCCCGAAAUAGCCAGGUGGAGUCUAUAUAAGGGGGCCACGGGGUUCUGGCCUCUCAGAACAGACUGCGUGUGGGAAGAGGAGCCUACGAGAAGCGGCGCCGAGGCUCUUGGGUCUGAGGAGAGCGACCGGCAGCGUGAGCAGCGCUCUGAGCUGGAGCAAGCGGCCCAGAGCCGCCGCCUCCCCCUCUCCCAGGCUGUCGUGGGUCUCUGCCCUUGCGCGCUCUCGCCGGCUUGAGCCCUGUAGCAUGAAGUACUAUGGCCCAGCCUUGCUGCCUCGCUACCGCGGGUGCUCCCGGCGCCUGAGGCCGGCCCGCACGGUGCGCUUCCCCAAUGACAUCGUCUUCCAGGACAACAUCAGGCAGGGGGACCUGGAGCAGGUGGGCAGGUUCAUCCGAGCCAGGAAAGUCACCUUGAGCACCCUCUACCCCUCAGGUGUGAGUGCUGCCCCGUGGCACUGGCAAAGCUGCUGGGUGGGGGAGCUCGCGCAGGGCGUCACUCACCUGUUGGAACCUGCUGCUUGUGGGAAUGGGGCCUGGGGGGGACCAGGGCUCCUGGGUUCCCAGUGCUGGGAAGGGAACGGCCCCUGGGGCGUGGAAACAAGAGGCAGCUCCCCCUCAGGCUGCCUUGCCUCCUGCUGCUGUAAGAGCUGGAACUCGGGGUGCAGGGUGGACAGCUGGGCCAGGGUGCUCAACACCCCACUAUACAAACCGCUCCAGUGUCCCUGCCUGCCUGUGCAGCUCCCUCCCUCUGUCUCCUGCAGGUACCUCCUCUCGCUGGGGGCCAGGCUGGAUGCCACCAACGACGAAGGGGAGAAACCAUCUGACCUCAUUGAUGCUGAUUCCAAGGACCUUGUGGCACUUUUCCAAGCUGCCAGGAUGGCCUGAGGGCAGUGGCCUGGGCCCAGGGCAGGGGAAUAUGCAGGGACGCCAGGUGGUGCUGUAAUGUGUGCGUAGGAGAAGCCUAGAGCUGUAGUGAGUUCACCCUAAACUCGACUGUAGGCCCCAGUCUCCAGCUGCACCAUGGGAAAAUGUCCCCCCCCCCCCAAG